CAAACAAGAGCCGAAGAUUCACGGCUCUGAACGAGGACUUACCUGCGAUUAACCGGGACUUACCGAGCUCUAACCGGACUAACGGAACAUGCUGCUGGAGCGCGAGGACAGCUUCAUGUCGGAGUUUGAGGACGCGUGCAGCGCGUGGGUGGACAGUGUGGGCUCGAGUCUCAGCGAGGACUCGGACGUGGGCUCCCCGUUCAGCCAAGUUUUCUCUCCCGGGACCGACGCCUCAGACUCGGAUUUCUUCUCGGACUUUAGUGACUGCUCCUCGGACUCUCAGUCCCCGGGGCUGGACGGCGCCUUCUUCCCGGAGCAGAGCGCGGCCCCGGGUCUGAGCAGCGCGGCUGACGCCAUCCUCAACAUGAUCACGGAGAUCGUGGGCAUCUGCAGCGACGAGCCCGCCGCCCCCGCCCCGAGCCCCGCGUCUGCGCCGCCGCUUCCCCCGGUGUCCGUGAAGACCGAGCCGGUGCCGGUGAAGACGGAGUUCAGCCCGAGCUGCGGCGGCUCCUGCCUCGGCUCCGGCUCAGACUGUGAGCCGCUGCCUCUGGAGCUGGACGCUCUGGACGUGGCGCAGCUGCUGGACACUCUGCUUCAGCCCGAAGCCGCUCAGAGCGCACCGAGGCCCGGCCUGGAGCUGAAGCAGGAGCCGCGGGACUGGAUCUGCACCGGGCUCUGCACCGGGCUCCCGGGAGCAGGAGGGGAUCCCGCUACAUACGUCAUCAGCGGGAAUCCGGUCGUGGACGCGCACGUGCUCUCUUCCCUGCUGCAGGGCGUGCACGUGCCCGCUCCAAAGGCCGCGGCGCGCGGGCGGCGGCAGAAGAGCGCCAAAGCCAAACCGUUCCCGUGCGCGGUGCAGGGGUGCGAGCGCCGCUUCUCGCGCUCGGAUGAACUGAACCGCCACGUGCGCAUCCACACGGGACAGAAGCCUUUUCAGUGCACGAUCUGUGCGCGCGCCUUCAGCCGCAGCGACCACCUGACCACGCACACGCGCACGCACACGGGGGAGAAGCCUUUCUCCUGUGACGUCUGCGGGAAGAAGUUCGCGCGCAGCGACGAGAGGAAAAGGCACGGGCGCGUGCACAUCAAGCAGCAGCUGCGCGCACAGAUGAUGGCCGCGUACGCGCUGGCCGUGAACGCGCCUGGAGUGUAAUGCGCGGGCACGUGAGGAGCUUUAAUCACUGUCACGGAGUUUGUGACACUUUG